UUACAAACAAAUAUCUAUCAGAAAUGGAAUUGGGAUCUUAUAUUAGCCUUACUAAAAGAUUUUUCUAAAUUGGCAAAUCAAACCCAAGGUGAUCUUUAUGAACGGUUUCUUGAUAAACUAUUUGAUUUUUUCAAACCUGAAAACAAAGAUGGUUUUAGUAGUAUUCAAUUAACUGAUUCUCUAUCCAAUGUUACUUGCCGAAGUUUAAUAGCAUUUUCUGAUCUUCUUGUUUAUCCAUCUCGAAUACAAUCGAAUCAUAUAAAAUAUAUUGCAAGCAAUAUUGCUCGAACACUUUUAACAAGUAUUAAUGAUGCAUUAAAACAAUCAAUUUUAGCUAUGACAGAAGAUAUCGGACGUGCUAUUAUAACUGAACAUGAUUUAUUAUCAAAAAAUAGUGUUUAUUAUUAUCUAUUUCUUGGUCGUUUAAGUAAAACAGCAUUUGGUGUAGAAGCUUUAACUGAAAGUGAAAUAUUCGUUCGUCUUUUGGAAAUGUUAAGAAUGGAUGAUUGUUUUGCAACGUCAGCUAUUGUUGCAUUAUCAUCAUUUAAUUAUUAUUACGAUGGUUCAUGUCGGCAUUUUCUUGUACAAGCACUUAAAACACCUUGUAUGGCACUUCGUUUAUAUUGUACUAGUCUUCUACGUGUUAUUCUUCGUUGUAAUCCAGUUGCAUUCGGUACUUGGGGUGUAGAUCUUUUAUGUUCUCAGUUACAUGAUACAAAUCAAACCGUUGUUCUUGAAACUGUUUCAAUUAUUGAUGAAGCUUUAGAAGAUAAAAGAUUAACUAAUAUAUUUCAUAAGCAAUGGCAUGCAUUAACUGCUUUAAAAACUAAAAGCUCAUAUUUAAAUGAUAUAUAUCAUUUAAUUUCUGCACGUUUAUGUUCUAUACCAUUUAAUCAAUUAAGUGCGGAUA